AUGUCGUCCAGUGAUGAGUCCCAGUCAUGUCAUCUCAGCGACGAGCCCCAGCCAUGUUGUCCCAGCGACGUGUCCCAAUCAUGUCUUCCCAGCGACCAGUCCCAGUCAUGUCAUCCCAGCGACGAGUCCCCGUCAUGUCGUCCCAGCGACCAGUCCCAGUCAUGUCGUCCCAGCGACAAGUUCCAGUCAUGUCUUCCCAGCGACGAGUCCCAGUCAUGUCGUCCCAGCGACGAGUUCCAACCAUGUCGUCCCAGCGACGAGUUCCAACCAUGUCGUCCCACCGACAAGUCCCCGUCAUGUCGUCCCAGCGACGAGUCUCAGUCAUGCCGUCCCAGCGACGAAUCCCAGUCAUUUCGGCCUAGCGACGAGUCCCAGCCAUGUUGUCCCAGCGACGAGUACCAGGCAUGUCGUCCCAGCGACGAGUCCCAGGCAUGUCGUCCCACCUACGAGUCCCAGCGACGAAUCCCAGUCAUUUCGGCCUAG